AUGAUUGGCGAUGAGUUGUUGCGUCGUACUGAGAUUCUAAGAUUAUGGGAUUCUGGAACGCUGGAACGCUGCUUGGCUUGGGGGCCAGAAAGGGUUGGUCUGCCUCGGUUCACCGUUACGGUCGGGAAUGGUGAUUUGCUGGUGGAUGAGACCAUGGGGUUUCUGAUUAGUCCUGAGUCAUUGGGGCACUACAGGAUUCCCAACACACCGACGGACAGCCAGUAA